GUAACUCUGCAGUGGCCAGUGUGCGCUCUGCUCUCGGGUAACGCCCCCUCUGCGCUCCUGCAGUCUGAAUGAAGUGUCAGAGGGCGCGUGUAUGAAAGUCAGAGGAGCUUUCGUUCUCAGCCGCAGUCUCUCUGUGUAUCUCCUCCACUCCGAUGUCUUUCCUGACCAAAGCGCUCGUUUCUGCCCGGUGGCUCUCCGAGGCGCUGCGGGCGCGCGGCUCCACCGUGCGCGUGCUGGAUGCCUCGUGGUUCCUGCCGAAACUCGGCCGAGAUGCCAAGAGCGAGUUCAGAUCCCGCCACAUCCCGGGCGCCUCCUUCUUCGACCUGGACAGAUGCAGCGACCGCAGCUCGCCGAUGGACCACAUGUUGCCGCCGGCCUUCGCCUUCGCCGACUUCGGGAGCAGGCUGGGCGUGACCCCCGGCUCUCACGUGGUCGUGUACGACCGUAGCGAGCACGGCGCUUUCUCGUCCCCGCGCGCCUGGUGGAUGUUCCGUGUGUUCGGCCACUCGGACGUGUCCGUGCUGGACGGCGGUCUGCAGGCUUGGAUCAGAGACGGACAGCCGGUGGAGGAGGGCAAGGCCCGGAAGCACGAGCCUACAGAGUUCACCGCCACGCUGAACCGCGCGUGGGUCAAGACGUACCAGGACAUCCUAGACAACGUGGAGACCAAGGAGUUCCAGCUGGUGGACGCGCGGCCUGCCGGGAGAUUCAGAGGCACUGACCCGGAGCCCAGAGACAACACUGAACCCGGCCACAUCCCCGGCUCCAUCAACAUCCCUUUCACUACUUUUCUGGCUCCCUCUGGCAUGUUUCUUCCUCUGGAUCAGCUGAGGGCCGUAUUCCAGCAGGCCGGAGUGGACCUGCAGCGACCGCUGUGCGUGACCUGCGGCUCGGCCAUCACCGCGUGCCUCGCUGCCCUGGCGGCCCACCAGUGCGGCCAUUCAGACGUUUCGGUGUAUGACGGAGGCUGGAUGGAGUGGUACACACGAGCUGCUCCUGAGCUUGUGAUCUCAGAGGGUCGAGGGAAACACCUGUGAUGGACUGAGAGAAGUGCUCAGUGGGUAUGAGCUUAAUGGAUGUCUCAGUUUACUGCUUUUCUACAAAUGAGGUGCUGGUGCUGAUACCAAGGAAACGGUUUUAGGUGACCGUUCGGCCAAAAGUCGAUUUAUACAGUUGACCCCAAAUAUAGUCGAUCAACUGAGAUGUGUUUGGUGUCAGAAGCUUAGCAGUAUAGCUGCAGAGAUAAUGUAGCAAACAAGUAAUGGGAGCAAAGAGCAACCAGUUACCAUUGUUCAAACAUGUUGAGAUCAUCACACUGGAUUCAAGCUGUGCUGAGUAAUCUCAGAUAGACUUAUGUGUAAGGUUUCUGACACUCUUUGACAUAUAAAAAUGGACAAAAUAUCAACACAACUCAGAUGUCAACAUGGAUGCUGCUGCUGUUUUUAGCUAUACAAUGUACUUUUUGCUAACAGCAAAGCAAAAGAAGCAAACUUCAGACACCUAACAUGUCUUGGCUGAUCGAGAAACUGUAAGUAUGAUUUCUGGCGAAUUUUUUUCUUUAAGAACCAGGUAAGCAUUGGUAUGAAGUUUGGCCUUUCCAGCCAGACGAUGGCACAUGAGAACCUUGAAACUCUCUUUUAUACAACCUGAAAACUCAUUCCUUCUUCUUUGUGUCUUCUAAGCAUUUAAAAGCUCUAGAAGCUAAGAAAAGCUCUGAAAGCUAAACGUAGCCCGAAAAAUGGUUUUGUUCAUAGAUGACUAUUUAUAGAUGGAGCUGCAGAACCCAGUGCCUUCUGCACCUCACUGCCUCCAACCUUUGAACCAAAGAACAGAGAUUAUAGGGCUGUCCCUCAGUGUUUUCUGUCUUAUCUCUCUCUUUUUUUGCCCCUCUGUCUAUGUCUCUCUAUCUUGAUUGUUUCAUUAACAUUCAAUUGUAAUUAGAUUAGUCUUUAUUGACAUUGAAAGCAGUGGCUCAGCAAAAGAUCAAAGAUUCUUCCACUUACCUCAGAUGGUGCCUAAAUUCUAAUCUACGAAGUUAACAUUGCUUACGAACAGUAGUAGUCACCCAAAUCUUUUUAUUUUGGAGAACAGGUGUUGCACCGAAUUCUGUCCCACUCUUCACAGAUUUGCACAUGUAUGGUUGCUGCAGAUUACGUUUGCAACUUGUAUUGUUUAUUUUUGAACUAACUGUUGAAUCUUAAAAUUUGAGUUGAAGAUCUAUUUAACAGAAAUGGUGAUUGUAAUGUCUGUAUGCCUGUGAGCAGUAAGGUUUUGUUCAUUUUUUAAGUGAGCAGUAAGUCAUACUGUGUCCUAAACCACAUCGGGAGGCCUGUAUAACCUUAUUGAAGACCUGGUUGAGGUUUGAGCACAUUGAGAAAACUUUUGGGGAUGUAUUUACAGAAAAGAUUUGGGUGACUAUUGAGUUCUAGUGUUUGUUGGCAAUGUUGGCCUCAUAGCUACAGUAGCAAAAUUUGGACACCAAACACAUCUUGGCUGAUCAACUAUACCUGGAGAAAGUGGAAAAUUGUGUUAAAUAUAUUUUAUAUCAGAACAUUCCAAGUGGUGAAGCCUUAAGUUCAACUUGAUUCAAAUGUGCACAUCAUUUCCACAGGAAUUAAAUGUUUUACACCAAUACAGUUUUUCCUAAAGUAAAUAAACUGAAAAAUAAACUUGUGUUGAUUCCCUGUAUUUUAUUUCUGUGGAAUGAUGGGCACAUUCACAUCAACUAAAUUUGGUGCAUCAGUUAUUUUCAGUGCAAUUACACUAAAUAAUGUGUGAAGUAUUAAAGAUCCUGAGAAAUUACAGGACAAUCCUGUCAAGAAAGGGCUACAACCUUAGUUAGAUAAAAGUGACUAGUUACUAAAUAGACCUUCUCAUAUGAAGAAUAAUUUGAUUAAAUCUUUUAUCACAAAUCAGUUUAUUUGAAAAUGUAAUCUUUCUUAAUGGGCAUAUAUUGUGGAAAAUGUUCCUCACUUUCUUGAAAUAAGAAUUUGAUGUAGGAUGUAAACAACAUCUCAAAACAAACAGUUCACUGCCCACUCCAUACAGUCUGUAUAUAGAAACUGGGCUGCAAAAACCGCCUGUUUUGAAUUCAAUGUUUCUAUGACGUCACAGAAAUAAACACAUUUACUAAUACGUCUAUUCAGCCCAAAGCCGUUUAGCCCUGCCCAUUCAUGUUCAGUUAUAAGGAGUGUUUCAGCCUGGGCUGCUUUUUGAUUGGCUGUUUGGUAUUGUGCCUCAAUCAGAAUAGAUCUAAUUCACAUUUACAACUUAAAGGCACAAAACCAAAACCAACCUGUUUACUUGAAAGGGAUGUAAAAUGGUCAGCCUAUAAUGAUUUGCUACUACUUUUGCUACAUAAACCCUCACAAAUGUUCUAAAUGGACCUGGGAAAAAAUAAAAAGCAAGACAAAUGUAGGAUAUGGACCUCUUAAUAUCCUAAUUUUCUUAUUUGCUGCUUUUAUGUCACACCAUUCAGUCGUUUAAUAAAAAGCAACACCACCAGCUAGAUUUCAAACCAGAAUUGUCCCAGUAUUAUCAUAACAGAUGACUUAGGCAUUAACACUUUGUUCUGGGGUUCUUGGUAUGAAAUGAAAAUGAACUAAUGUACUGUAUGAGUAAUGCAGUGGUGCUUUCUCCUGUGAGGUGUGGUUCAAGCUGUAUCUUAAAGUGCCUUCCUACUGAGCAUUCAGUAAUUGGUGUAGCAGGACCACCCAGACCACCCCCCUCUACAGGGAUGAUAACAGGGUUCAGUGUGUUAUCUUCCUCAGGAACAUGUACAGGCCUUACGAGAUACCAGCCAUUGAAGUGGGAGCACCCUGUUCACACAUACGCACACACACACACCCACCCAAAACAGUUUUCACCUGCAAAUGUUGCACAUGUUAUCUUGGAUACAAUUUCAGACUGUGUGUAUAUGCAAACUGUUUGAAUAAAACCCUUUGUAUUUAUUAA